UCAGAUUGUAUUAUUGGUAAAGGUCAAGAUUAUCGUGGUACAAGAUCGGCCACUGUUAAAGGUUAUACUUGUCAAGAAUGGAGCUCCCAGACACCUCAUCCACACAACAGUUUCACGCCAACAACUCACCCAGAUGCUGGAUUAGAUAAAAAUUACUGCAGGAACCCUGAUGGAGAUAUAAAUGGUCCAUGGUGCUUUAUAGCAAGUCCUGGCCCAGUCAGUUGGGAUUACUGUGAAAUUCCUACUUGUGCCUCAACAGAAAUUGAAUGUGGAAAGCCAAAAAAAAAACAAAGAAAGUGUUAUGGAAGAAUAGUAGGUGGAUGUGAAUCGUAUCCAUAUUCUUGGCCUUGGCAGAUUAGUCUUCGAACAAGCUUUCACCUGCACUUCUGUGGUGGAACUUUGAUUGACCGUGAAUGGGUUGUCACAGCGAAACAUUGCUUAGAGCGUUCCAGCAAACCAUCAUAUUACAAAAUACAUCUUGGAAUCCAUAAAGAAGUCAGCAAUGAACCAUCUAAGCAAGUCAGAGAUGUUGAGAAGAUAUUCCUGGAACCAUCAAAUGCAGAUAUAGCACUAUUGAAACUGAAAAGCCCAGCUUUAAUAACAGAUGAAGUUCUCCCUGCUUGCCUACCACCUGAAAAUUAUGUGGUACCCGACAAGUCUGAAUGUUAUGUAACAGGAUGGGGUGAGACACAAGGCACUGGUAAAGCAGGAGUGCUUAAAGAAGCUGGUUUCCCUGUCAUUGAAAAUAAAGUAUGUAACAGUCCAGAAUACCUUAAUAACAGAGUGACAAGCCGGGAGCUGUGUGCUGGCAACAUCCAUGGAGGAAUUGACAGUUGUCAGGGUGACAGUGGAGGACCUUUGUCUUGCUUUGAUGGGGAAAAGUAUAUUUUACAAGGAGUAACCUCAUGGGGUCUUGGCUGCGCUCAGCCCAUGAAGCCAGGAGUAUAUGUAAGGGUGUCUCGCUUUAUCCCAUGGAUUGAACAGACAAUGAAAGCAAAUUAA